AAUGCUGGCAAACCAAGAACGAACAAGACCAUCUUUGCUUACGAAGAGAGAGAGAGAGGGCAAACAUGGUUCUUCUUUUCAGCUCCAGUUCUCGGGCCUCUUUCUCUGCCCUUUCUUCCUCGUCUCCUCUGUCAUUUUCAUCAUCAUUUUCAAGUGGAUCAUCAACCUUGGCCAUCACCAAUGGUGCUCCAAGUUUCUCGUGAAACCCAUUGACUGGCAUGCUAAAUUGUUCAAUAGAGUGAGCAUUCCUGCACCUACUGCCACCAACAAAAGAGCUGGAAUUAUGGCUAAUGUGUCUUCUGAAAUUCCUGAUGGUGGCGAGUCCCAGUCAGAAAGUGAUGAUGAUGAGGAUGUGCCAUUUGACAGACUUCCACUGAAGCUGCAGCAGAAGCUGGAGCACAAGAUGAGAAUGAAAUUAUCUAAUAAGAAGAUAAGGCUUCGGAGAAAGAAGCUAGUAAGGAAGCGAAGGAUGAGGAAGAGGGGCUGCUGGCCUCCUUCAAAGAUGAAGAAGAUGAGCAAUGUCUGACCUUUGCUUCAAGUUAUCUUGCAGAUAUCCUCACCAGCUAACUGAAGUGCCCGUGAAUAUGUUGAAUGCAGGCCAUGUUAACAAAUUAACCCUACAACCUACUAAUGAAGGCCAUAGGCUCAGUUGGUGAUUCUUUUUGUUGGCCCUGACUGAGCCAUUCCCUGCUAGUUGUUUUCUUUUGCUCAAGCCUCGGUGGAGUUUGUUGUUUUGGUUCUUUCUGGUCCGUGUGGCUUUCUUUUAGGUCAAAUGUUGUUGUUAUGUUGUAAAUUGUAGUCAUUGCUAGCUCUCUGAGGCCUAGUAUUAGUUAACAUUUGAGUCAUUUGACCACUAAAUUCUAGGGGGAUUUGGUCCUUUUAUCCUUUUCUUUCUCUCCCCAAAACUUGGUUAAAAUUUCUCUGUUAAAAUGUGCUUUUUUAUUUUCAGUAAAGAAAUGUAAUUUGGUAAUGA